GGGAUCUCGUCCGCCAACCCGAACAGACGUAACCACCCAAGUUGUUAAUGGUCAUCUUAUUGCCGUUUCAACUACCUGUACACCCAUCCCCCGUCAGCCGACAGGCGCAGUAGGAUGGAUAUAUCUUCGCUCCAGGUCCCCAGGGCGGGCCGCUCGCGCUUCUCCAAAGCCCUUCCCACCCCUCCAGACUUCGAUGAGGAGUUCAAUAGGAAAGCCACACCAACACUGCGCGGCUUACCAGAUGCACCACGACCUCCCAUGAAUAAGCCUGCUCUGGCCACGAGCAUUUCCACCCCUAGUUUGCGCUCCAAAGCUUACGACUCACCUCUGCCACUUUUGCCCAUUAUGGCGGAACCCCCACGGCCCAGAGCUCAAGCUGGUCCUAUUGCUCGGAAACCAGUGGCACAGUUGCCCACUCCGCCAGCCAGUGUAGAGCCCAAACCCAAGACAAAGGCGGCAAAGAGGCAGUCGUCGAUAUCAAGCCUGCUAUCUGCCUAUUCACGCAGCUCGUCAGACUGGGCUCAGAGAUCAUCACAUGAAAGUGACUUUACCAAAGAGAGUGAACCAUCAUAUUCACCAGAACGAGAGGCCACGGACAUCUUACCGCCCGUGCCCUCCAAAAAUAGCCUAGAGACAACGCACGAUGCUACUAGUGAUAAAGCAAGUGAAAUAACGUCUUACACAAUUAUAGACAACUUUCCGCCUCCUCCACCCUUGAAGAACCCGUCGCGGCCACGCACACCUUCAGGUAGUAAGCAGCCGUCGGACGGGCCUAAAGACGGGGAAGGUGGGUCAUCGUCAUUGUCGCCGCCGUCUUCACUUACAAGCGGGUCCCCACGUGCAGGCCGAGAGAUCUGGCGGAGGAGGGCAUCGUCGAGGUCAGAUGCUGGCCUAGUCAUCACCGAGCUUAAACUACCCUCGUCAAACGGGUCUACGGCCUCGACAGCCUCUACCUCUACAACCUCUACUAUACAACCCCCUCCGAAAAAGACGGAGCUUCCUUCUACACUUCCUCCACUGCCUCCUCCUCCUGCAUUACCUGCGAAACCAGGACAACAACAACAAAAACUCCCACCACCCCCUCCACCUCCCAAGCAUCAACGACUACCACCCCCACCACCAACACAGCAGCAGCAGCAGCAACAAUCUAUUACCUCUUUACCGCCAAGGUCAGCAUCUCUGCCCGGCAGGAAUAUCCGUCCUGUCAAGCAGGCCGAGUCAAUAGAUAAAGGUGACGAGAUGGGCAAGUUCCAGAAGCUCAAAGGGCUUCUGCGUCGGGAUAAUGGCGAUCAAGAUGGCGACGAGAAGCAAAAGUCCCCGCAACAAUCAUCAUCAAAGAAUCAGUCCCGUACAAUAGGUAACACCGCAGUUUAUAAGCCCGAACCGCCUGCAAAGGCCAGCUCAAUGCAGCCGCAGGACCAUGCACCGGCACCUGCAUCUGUCAAAGCAAGUUCGUUAUCGGCCGCCUCGUCAGAUACGAUAGUCCCACCUGUAAAUGAAUCCGGCAAAGCUACAGGUGCAGCGAUUCCGCGUCGUCCGGUUGGCGCAGUAUCCAGACCAGGCAUUAACACACCCAACGUCGUGCAAAAUCCCUCGACUCAGACUCCGAGCACCUUGCAACCGAGCACGCCAGCGGGCAGUCUUCCUCACCCACGCCAACGCCAACCCCGACCACAGCCAUCAUCUUCAGCUCUUCCCCAACAGCCCCAAAGUCAUCGUCCCAGCAGUCCCCAUGGUCCCACUUCGCCGACGGGAGGAACCCCGAGAUCUGGCUCCACAGCCGCCCAUCCGAGUCAAUCGUCAGCCCCAACUGCGUCCUCCGUCGGGUUCCACCAAGGUCCGGGGAUCAUCAGCGCGAGCAGCCCUACCUCUCAGCUUCAGUCUCAACUUUCAAAAUCAUUGUCGCCCAUCGACAAAGACACUUACUCGCUGCGGGACUUGCUUUCCUCGCCACUACCAGCCGUAUCGGCUACGCCAAAUGCGUCGUUCCUCAGCCUGCCGACCGGACCUGGCGAUGAGCGAGCGGCCGCUGCACCAGGCGCGGUAUCAUCGCCAGCCACGUUCGGAGAGAGACCGUCGCCUCUUCAAUCACCAGUGACAGGUCCCGUUGCCGACGCGCUCGCCCGCUUCCCCCGCAACACGCAAUGCCAGCUCCAGUGCACUGUCGACGGCGUCUGGCCUGCUAAUCCCCUCGAAGGACGACACUACAACUGCCACGUGCAGCACAAUAAACUGCUUCCCUCGCGCAAUUUGACCUACCCGCUCGCCUGUCAGACUUGUGGCAUUGCUGACGCCGAGCGUCGGUUCAUGUGCACUUUCUGCAAUCUACGCAUUUGUGUGCCGUGCAGCGAUGUUCUGGUCGCGAACGGGCGGGACUUGAGAGUGACUAUGGGGAUCCUGAGAGAGAAGGGCAUGAUGCAUGAUUGGGCGCAGUACCCUAAGCGAGCGGGUCGAUAAAAGCCUCCGGGUACCUAUUUCGAACAUUUGUGGUGUUUUGUCGUUGGCGAAACGUUUGGCGUCACUAUUCAAUAUGUUUUAUCGACAAAUACUACGGCAUAACGCACCAGAGCAGGGUGCUAGGUACGAGGCUACGGCUUCCUUUCGCAAACCUUCUCUUCUCGUAUCUUCUUAUUUUUAAAGACUUUUCAAUUCUCUGUACAAAUUACUAUUCAGGCAUCACCUACUGGAGACGGCG